AGUCUGACAUUUUCCCGUGCCCAGUACAGAUCUUGGUUACCACAAUAAUUUGAAUACUUCUAACUAUUAUAAAUUUUCACUGUUACGUAACAGUGUACAUUGUACCACAUAACGUGUUAUGUGCUCAUACACUCGUUUAUUUUUAACAAGCACUAAUUUUAAGCAUAAGGAGAGACAUCGUCUAACAUGGCGACCCCCUGAACCAAAUCAACGAUGGACUCAAAUAGACGACAUUGCCAUCAGUCACCGUUGGAGAGGCCCGAUCGAAGACUGCCUCUUGUUCUGGAGUACAUGUUUAGACUCGUCGUGCUCCAAUGCUAGCAUACAUUCGUUUGCGCCUCGUUGAACGCAGGAAAAUCCCAUUAAGAAUACCCCUUAAGGUUGAACUGAACGAUGCAGUCACGUUUUAGCGAAUAAAUGAAAGUUCAUUAGUCCUGGCAUAACGGUCCGUGAAUAUCUGAAAUACUUAUACCGUAUAUGGACUGUAUAAUUGUAUUUUGAAGAACAUGGUUGAUAACGAAUUAAAAAACCUCAGUUUAAAUGGGAACCAAAAACGUAGCAAUUAUAUAUCAUGGGAUGAAUAUUUCAUGUCUAUAGCACUAUUGUCCGCUAUGCGCAGUAAAGACCCUUCGACUCAAGUUGGCGCUUGCAUAGUUAACCAAGAAAAGAAAAUUGUUGGAAUAGGAUAUAAUGGAAUGCCCAACGGUAUUUUAGAUGAUGAUGUCCCUUGGGGAAAAGGAUCAACAAAUGAACUUGAAAAUAAGUAUCUCUAUGUUUGUCAUGCAGAGUUGAACGCCGUACUGAAUCGUAAUGAAGCUCAUUCUGGAGGUUGCACACUAUUCACAACAAUGUUCCCAUGUAAUGAAUGUGCUAAAGUUAUUAUACAGGCUGGAAUUAAAGAAGUAGUGUAUUAUUCGGAUAAGAAGAAUGGAACGGAAUCUAAUCAAGCAGCUAAAUAUUUAUUUAAUAAAGCUGGUGUCAGCAUAAGGUAUGAUUUUAUGUUUCUCAUUCUUUGUGUGUGUUUCCACAGAAAAUUCACUCCAACGAAUCGAACUAUCAAUAUUAAUCUUAAUUAACUGAGGAUUUUAAUACAAAAGAGCGGAUAACUUGCAAUCGAC